UUCAGUGGUAUCUACUUGAAUCACAAUGAGGUCGGCAUGUACCACUGUGUUUGCUGUGACUCCCCUCUUUUUAGCUCAGAAGCGAAAUAUGAUUCAGGAACUGGUUGGCCGUCCUUCUGUGAGGCUCACGGGAUAUGGGAAAAAGACGAGAGUCACGCCAACAUUGUCCGUCGUCCUGACAACUCACUUGGUAGCACAGGAACAGAGGUUAUCUGCAAGCAUGUGAGUGCAGGACAAUGAUGUCAGCCGGUUUAAUCAUUUUGUUGGCUUUUUCGGAAACCCUACUUUGUGCUGUUUGCUAACAUACAAUGUAAAUAGUAAAAUUUCCACUCUUCUUUUCAGGUUGCC